AUGUCUCCAUCUCUCACUGAUCCCCGUCAACUACUCUCUCCGGAUUCGGAGACGUUCUCUACUCCCCCAACAACGCCAGGACCAGGACAAGUGCUGCGCCCAUCGCUUUCCCGGAGAAGCAGCCGGCCGACGUCCUUGCACAUCGACCACAAGCAAUCGGAGUGGAAUCCUGAUAUCGAGCUCUAUACUUCUUCUCCUGCACCUCUCAAGAAAUUGAAUGGGACAACUUCCGUCCCUGUUAUGGUUCAAGACCGCACCGUGGUACCCCUCUCCCCGAAAGCCUCCCCUACCCCACAGCUUCAGAAAGCCGCGUUAUCACCCUGUUUCGUUCACUCUCACCUCGAUAAAGGCGCUCAAUUGACAGAUUGGCUACAAAAUAAGCAACACUUUAUCGAUCCCAACGAAGUUGGUGUUGCUAAAUCAUUGCAACAACUGGCCAGUCAAGGCCGAUUACCAUCGACCGUGUCGACAGCCUUCGAACACGAUGCGAAUGACGACAAUGAAUUUGGCGAAAGUUUGACUAGACGACUUGCAGAAACGGCAGUGGGCGUUCGAGAAAUGAGUAAACAGCUGGGCCGUGCCAGAGUGCAGACGAACAUACAAAACGUCCUCAUUAUCACCAAAGCCCGCGAUAAUCGUUUGAUUAAAUUAACGCGAGAACUAGCGCUAUAUCUCAUGCUGAAGCGCACGCGCGGGUCCUCACGGGGGAUGGUGGUAUAUGUUGAUAACCAGCUAAGACAUUCUAGACGUUUUGACGCCGAAGGCAUUCGGCUUGAGCACCCUGAGCUCUUCGUUCCUUUCCCUCGACGGAGGACGUCAAGUAGCCAUUCUCUCUCCUCCUUGUCGUCCAACUCCACCAAUCGGGAGGGGGGCGAAGAAGGGCAGCUUCGUUAUUGGACAAGUGCCAUGUGCAGUCACAGCCCGCAUCUGUUUGACUUCGUCGUGACUCUCGGCGGAGACGGCACAGUUCUUUUCACCUCAUGGCUCUUCCAACACAUCGUACCGCCCGUGCUUCCUUUCGCUCUGGGCUCUCUAGGCUUCCUCACCAAUUUCGACUUCGCCGAUCAUCAAGCUGUCAUGGAUUCAGCAAUUGACAAUGGCAUCCGCGUUAAUCUUCGAAUGCGAUUCACCUGCACUGUCUAUCGUGCAGUUGCUAACGAGCAGGGCAAAGGACGCAAGGCAGUGAAGAAGGGUGAAACGGGUGAGAUCAUGAUGAAGAAUAUUGAAAAGGGUGGCUGGGAAGCUCUUGAAGGCGGGUGGAGCGGGGGUUUUGCUGCCCCUGAAGGGAAAUGCAAAGCGAAGGACAAGGAAAUUAUGUGCUUCACGACGCGGCCUGUUGAAACCUUCGAGGUGCUGAACGAUCUCGUUGUUGACCGCGGUCCAAGUCCCUAUGUUUCUCUUUUGGAAUUAUUCGGCGAUGAACACCACAUGACCACGGUACAGGCAGAUGGAUUGACGGUGUCGACACCUACCGGAUCCACUGCUUAUUCGCUAUCUGCGGGAGGCUCUCUUGUGCAUCCUGAAAUACCCGCCAUUCUGAUCACACCCAUCUGCCCUCAUACACUCUCGUUUAGGCCAAUGUUGUUGCCGGACAGCAUGGAACUCAGAAUUUGUGUGCCCUUCAAUUCUCGCAGCACCGCAUGGGCUUCAUUCGAUGGUCGAGGCCGCGUGGAACUAAAGCAGGGAGAUCACAUCAAGGUCACUGCUUCCAAAUACCCAUUCCCUACCGUUUGUGCAGACAAACAAUCCACGGAUUGGUUCCACGCUAUCUCUCGUACCCUCAAAUGGAACGAGAGAGAGCGACAGAAAUCUUUCGUCGUCGUGGAAGAAGGUCCUUCAAAGCCCUGUAAGAAACGACGGCGUCAUCACAUCGCCUCCGAAAUGAAGCUCGGCAACCCCCAGGUGUUGGAAGAAUCUCCAGAGGAAACCGAGGAAAUGUUAGAGGAUGAGGAAGAAGACGAGGUGUCUGACGAGGAAGAGGAGGACACUUUUGACAUCGAUGAUUCGUCUCCAGAGGCAGCCUCAGUCGCGAAUGACGUCACGAAAGGUAUAUCAUCUGAUGUUGGCGCUCUGGUCCAGGAGCACCAACCCCCCCAAUCUCCCAUUCCCAAGCGGCGAUCUAAGUCCCGCUCUCGAACCCGCUUUAUGCCUCCACCACAUUCUGGAGUCGAUUCUCCUGGGCGUUUUGUUAGUGCGGCCCCACAUCCUCCAACUAUAUCCCCUCGCCAUGUCGGAUUCAACUUACCCAGUUCACCAUCGUCCUCCAUAUCUUCAUCCCCCGACUCUUUGCUGUCUCAUGCCGCCCAACAGGGCACCCGAGAUGAUCUCCAUUCACCUCGACAAAUGAGUGGCAGGAGCAGGAUUCCAAAGGACCGAGAUUUCGACUACGAAGCCGUCAAGACGCCAACGCCAGCGUCCAAUGUUCGAGGGCGAGGGCGAGGGCAUAGUUAUUCUAGGUCCCAUGACCAUAAUGAACCCAGGGCAUUCGCCGUCUGGGGCCAUGAUGAGAGUGAUAGUAAUGCAAGCGACAGCGAGACAUAA